CUUCCGGUUUCGUAGUAAACACGUCUGGGAGACAUGGUGUGAGGGAUGCCGCCUGUUCACCGCUCCAGAAGCCGCAGCUCCAGCUCCUCUCCCCGGAAGAGGCGCCAUGGAAGCCCCGAAUGGUCUCCGGAUAAGAAAGGCCGGAGAUCCAGGUCUAGGGAGCGGGCUGUUUCUAACGGGCACCGCCGCAGCCGCUCCAGGGACCGAGCCUCGUCUCAGAGACCCCAUCACGGCAAGCAAUGGGGGGACUACUACGAGAAGGGCAAGGAGGAGAUCCUGAGACAGAGACAGGAAGCAUUCAUAGCCAGACGACUGAAUGAAAGGGAACGGAUUGGAGAGCUUGGAGCUCCUGAAAUCUGGGGUCUGUCUCCAAAAGUUCCUGAACCUGACUCAGAUGAACACACUCCUGUGGAAGAGGAGGAAAAGUCAAAAAAGGGUAGCAGUUCAGAGUCUUCAUCAGAAGAAGAAAAGAAGAAAAAAAAGAAGAAAAAGAAAAAAUCGAGUAAAAAGAAACGCAGAAAGCACUCAGAAGACAGUGAUAGCAACUCUGAUUCAGAAAGCAGUGAAGAAGACAAAAAGAAAUCAAAGAAAAAAAAGAGAAAGCAAAAAAAGAAGAAGUCAAAGAAAAAGAAAAGCAAGAAGGCAAAGAAAAAGUCCAGUGAUUCCAGUAGUGAGGAAUCGGAUGAAGAACAGAUGCAGGAAGGAGAUGAUUGGGUUGAGCGAACAAAAGUUAAUACAGAUGACUUUGAAUUUGUGGGUCCAGAAGCUCCAAUUACACACCUGUCACAAGAUGAUAAACCCUUAAAUUAUGGACACGCUCUGUUACCCGGUGAAGGUGCAGCCAUGGCAGAGUAUGUAAAGGCUGGAAAGCGUAUCCCAAGGAGAGGAGAAAUUGGUUUAACCAGUGAUGAAAUUGCAUCGUUUGAGAAGUCUGGCUAUGUCAUGAGUGGUAGCAGACAUCGACGUAUGGAAGCUGUGCGUCUGCGUAAGGAGAACCAAAUUUACAGUGCAGAUGAAAAGCGAGCCCUGGCCUCCUUCAACCAAGAGGAGAGGCGCAAACGGGAAAACAAGAUCCUAUCAAGCUUCAGGGAGAUGGUUCACAGGAAGACCAAGGGGAAAGAAGACAAAUAGACACUUAACUUCUAUUAUGGCAUUUUAUUUCCAUGGACUGUGUCUAUUCCACCUCUCGGGGAAAACCA